AUGUACUUUAAUAAUGAAAUUUAAUAGGAAAGAAACAAAUAUAUAUUUCUAAUGAAUGUUGUUUCAGCUUUGUUAGAUUUAAACAUUUCGAAUAAUUGUAGAUUGACAGGACUUGUUUUCACUAGAUUAGCAUAUAAUUAUAGUAAAGUAAUGCCAAGUGAAUAAGAAAAAAUAAAGAAAAUAUAUUUCAGUUAAGCUCUUGAGCUAGGUAGCUAAUUCAAUCAAGGUCUAAUAGAAGGUUAAGUAAAAUUAUAAUAAUUUGAAUAAAAUACAGUAAUCAAUUAUAUUGAUGAAUUACGACAAUACAUAGAUCAAGAAGUAUAAGAAUAACAAUUAAAAUUUAUACUUGCCUGUCAUUUAAAUAAUGUCAUAGAUGCAUUAAAAAUAGAAGAGUUCUUUAGAAAAUAUAUAAUAUAAGAGGAAGCAAGAUUUUAAAAGUAACCCUACUUUGAAGUUAUUCACAGUUUAUCAUUAACAUAAUUGCUUAUAUAUAUUGAUGCAAAGAUUCGAACUAUCCUGUAUAAUCAACAAUGA